UCUCCUCCUCUCCUCCCCUUCUCCCUCGGGUGUGUGAGCCAGGAUCACCGCUACAUCCAGCGGAGCUCUUGGCAAAGAACCGCAGGGAAACAAUGAAAACCGAGGCGAUGGAAGCGCGACAGGACUAACCGCGCUAGGGGAAAGGGGGCACAGGCUGAAAAACAGAGAGACAAAGUGAGGACAGAAGAAGCUAAAGGUUUCUCAAGAGUCCUGGCCCCAUGUCUGCCCCUGCUCCAGCCAAUCGGAGGUCUGCGUUGGGCUCUCGCCGGUUUGACUACUGCAGGUUCAUAGAGCUAGACUACGUCCCUAUGGAGACAGACUAUAUGGUCUCAAUGCGCCCCACAAAAGGCUAUGCAUCGACUAAGUCGCCGACUAAAGGAUACGCUUCCACCAAGUCUCCAGAUCGCCACAGCCGUUCAACAAACUCUCCCGCGACCCCUCGCUCUCGGCGGACACUGGCGGCGCCCAGUAAUAGAGAUCCCCAUGGCAACAUCUCCCUCAGCAGCAGCAGCAACUCAGGCUCUUGUAAAGGCAGCGACUGCAGCCCCACCAAAGGUCGUCAUCAGAAGUACAUGUUAUGUACGGACAACCAUGGUAUCCGGCCCCCUCCACCAGAGCAGUACCUCACACCGCUGCAGCAGAAAGAGGUGUGUAUCCGACACCUGCGGUCCAGGCUAAAAGAAACCAUCAACACUCUACAAGACAGGGAUACAGAGAUAGAUGAGCUGAGGGGCCAGCUUUACAGGAUGCAGGAGGACUGGGUUGAAGAGGAAUGUCACCGUGUGGAGGCUCAGCUGGCCCUGAAGGAUGCGCGUCAGGAGAUCCAGCAGCUCAAACAGGCCGUGGACACUGUUCGCGACAGGCUCAGUGAUGCUGGGGGGCUCAGCGGGGACAUAGGGGUCCAGAAGUACUUUCAGGACAUCAACACUCAGAACCACAAGCUUGAGAACCUUUUGCUCAGCAUGGAGCUGGCCCAGGCUGGAUUAGCCAAGGAGGGGGAAGCCAUACCAGGCUGUCGGACCCGUGUUGGAGGUUCGGCACCAGCAUCGGUAUCAGGGGAAAGUCCAGGGGGAAUACCCAAACCGGCAGUAGGAGGAAGGGGGUCUUGCUCCUGCGACUGUUCCCCAGCCCAUUCUCUGACCCGGAGCUCCACCUACACUAAACUGAGUGAUCAGGCGCUUGCAGACCGGAUCGGCAAUGGCCCGGACUUUCCUCUAUCAGGUGAUGGCACACAGGACAACGGCUUUGUGUGCUGUGUGGAGAGCAGCAUCCCCAGCCGGGCAGACCUGCUGCUGGAAGCCGCAUUCCUCUCUGAAGAAACAGCAUCUUUACUCAACUCCUACGCACAGACCUUUUCCCAAUCUCUUCCCCAUUCUCUGCCCAACUCCCUUCCCAGCUCCCUGCCCAGCUCUCUGCCUCACACUUUCUCUCAUACCUUACCUCGCUCUUUCCCUCACAAUUUGUCCCACUCUGUGCCCCACACUAUGCCACACUCCUCUACCUGUGAGAAGCUGUGCACAGGUGAGCGUCUUGCACCCCUUCGUUGUGGCCUGGGUGGAGUGGGCUGUAGGAACCAUCCCUGCCUAUCCCACCACCACCUCUACCUGCACUCCCUGCGGGAGACAGGCAUUCAGACUGAAAGCUGCCCCAUCCCUACAAUGGCAGGUUACCCCUCUGAUCUGGAUACCAUAGCGGAGCAACGCACUUUCCGCUCCCAGGCCUGUAGCCCCACCUCCACCUGGAUGUCUGAUGAAGGGGAUGAGGAGCUGGACUCCAUCACCACCACAACUUCAGUAACCACAGCAACGCUCAUGAGUACGGCCACAGAGCCAAUCCCGGUCACCAAAACACCGCUGGUCCCUUCCUUACCACGGUCUGCUACUGUCGCGUGUUCCAUGGAAAGUCCUCUGUCUACAAAGGAAGAGGGAGUGGAGGAAGAGGAAAAGCAGGAGAAAGAGAACAGAGAGAAUGAAGCUGUCACAAUGGGGCAGCAGGAGGAAACAACAGUGAUCAGAUUGGCACAAAAAAUCGGCUUAGUGAGAGGGAAUGAGGUCAUAGUUCAAGGUGCAGUGGACGAGGCAGCACCAGGAAAACUGUGCAAUUUAAAAGCAGGAAUGCAGGGGGAGCUUGAGUUUCAAGGAUGCUGUGAAGAAAGCCUGUCAGGAGGGGCAACACUGGAAAACCUCAGAAUGGAAGACAGGCAACAAGAGGUUGGUCUAUCAGUAGGGUCAAUGCAGGUAGAGACAGCAGAGCUGAGUCCAAGUUGCCAAGGAUUAUCACCAGACGUAGAACAGCCUCACACCUCACAGCCAAGGAAAUCAACUUCCCAUGAGGAGAUUGCUGGUGUCACUGUAGUGGAGUUGAAUGAUAAAGAUGAUGUUGAAGAUGAAACUAAAGAACAAGGCGCCACAGGGGGCACCACAGCGGAUGAGGGAGAUUCAUCGGACUCUGGGACAAUUGAGAAAAGCUACUGGAGUCGUCACUUCCUAGUUGAUCUGCUGGCAGUGGCCAUUCCUGUAGUGCCAACAGUGGCAUGGCUCUGCCGUGGCCCAGUCCGUGGUGAACAGCCCAUGUAUCAUAUAGGGUCGCUGCUGCGAGGCUGUUGCACUGUGGCACUGCACUCGCUGCGCAGGGGAGGUGGGUUGAGGCACUACCCUGCAGGCGGGGGAGACAUGGGCGGAUCACAGAUAUAAGAGGAGAAUCUGCUCACAACCUCUGUGGUCCUUAACUACGACCUCUCCCAUGUAGGUCUGGGUCCUUAGCUUGUUGGAAGAUACCUGUGAGGAGAGGAAGAGAAAUAUCUUCCUGUCCUGCACUGCAUUCCUCAUCAAGGUUAAUAGCUGAGGGGAACAUCAGGGACAGGAAAUGUGCAUUUAUGACUAAGAUCUCUGACUGAUAAAGUCUGUUGUGUUUGGUCCUGCUCCUUAUUGUCUCUCACCCACUGGUCCUUGCUGUUGCUACCAAGAUGUCUGCUAACACUACUGACUUGUGCAAAACUGAAUGAGCUGAUUGAAAUGAAUGAUCUAUGCUUGAUUGUUUAACGCUGAUUGUUUUCUUUUUAAAUGCAGGGAAAUGUUACAAGUCUUUCAAACUACCAGGCUGUCUCAAUUCUGACCUGUUCUAAUGAUACUGUAUAUGUAUAAGAGUGUGUCUAUGUGUAAACCAACGGUCUCGUUGUCGGCAGUGGAUGAGCAUCCUAAUUCAAACUUGACACGUGACCUUUGACUGCAGACAGUUUUCCUUGAGUCCUUGACAUCUUCAAAUAUGAAAACAUGGAGUUAUCUAGUAUCAAGAAACAACAAUAUAGACACAGAACUAAGGUUGGUUUUAAGGGUAGAACACACCGAAACACAGCAAGUCUACUUGUUGUUUCAGACACAGGUGAGACAUGAAAUACGAUCCAGGAAAUCCGGUUUGAGUAACAGAUCCAUGAGUUUGUGUUUUCUUGCGGUUUGAGCACCAAGACAGUGAAAAGGUGCUUGUCCCAUAACUAUUAAUUUAGAUCAUUUUUUACAUGUUGUGGUCUUGACUGAGACGGUGCUGUGAUAGAAAUAAAACUGAACUUUGCUGCAGAUCAGACAGGAUAAAAACUGAUUGACUUCAAUCACAGUGGAUAUAGAAUAAUUGCCUUAGCAGUCAGUAGAUAAAAAACUCCUACAUUAACAUCUAUUUCUCCUUUCUUUGAAGUUGCCUUUGAAAUAGAAGCUGCUCUUUCAUUUCCCUCAACCCCAGCACUGCCCAUUUUCACAAUUCUAAACAAAACAGUCAAAAUCUCAUUACAAAGGUCAGGUCUUGUGAGGGAUUUGUCGCCAGGUGGCUGUGUUCGGUGUGUUUCUACCCUGAGAGUACAGAAAUCCAAAAAAGCUGAUUCAGAUUCAAAAGCUCAAAACUCAAUGAAUCCACAAACUUAGUCCCCAGGUAAUUAUUCUGCAAAUCUACAGAUUUAUUGAGCUGAGCAGAAAAUGCCACUUAUUUCAUGACUGUAAGCAAAUCUCAUAAUGUGUUUCCUUUUCAUCUUAUGCAUGCACAGCAUCCCUCUGGGUUUGACUGUGCAGCUACAUCUUUUCUGCUCCUUCUCUGUUUCUCUCAAUCAUUAAAUGUUCAAUGUGUAAGAUAUGCCAGAAUUUAAACUUAAAACAUUAAAACAAUGAACUAACAUUAUCAAAAGAAUGUGUAGAGGUAAGAGUGCGGACGAAGAUGUCUAUGUAUUGUGUUGCAGAGAUAUCUACUGAUAGUUCCGGCCCUUAAUGUCUAAGCUGAAUAGUGAGCCACUACAGCGCUAGUCUGCCUCAGUACAGAGGGAGAAGAAGUACAGCUGUCUAACUCAGGGCUUGAUCUUACAUCCAUGAUCCCUGCACGUUUUGAUUGUUUGAACUAAAUCCAAAGUGUCAGAAAUGAGAAAAGUACUCGCAUCCUCGCCUCGUCCCCACCACUGCUAGGAGGCAUGUGGUGACAAACAUGUGACAAACUACUAUAACUGAAAUAUAAACAGGUUAACAUAUUCUAGUGGUGGUUUUGAUUAUUGAUGAAUUUAGAUUUAAUGGUCCCAGUAGUAGAGGUGAAAUACUGCCCCCUGUUGCUUUGGAGCAGGUGGCUCGGAACUACACGUUGCACCUUUAAAGGAAUAGUGCAAAAUUGGAAAAGUGAAAAAUGCUUAUUUGCUUUCUUGCUGCGGGUUAGAUGAGGAGUUCAAUGCCACUCUCAUGUUUGUGUGCUAAAGGUGAAGCUACAACGCGCAUGUGGUUAGAUAAGCUUAGCAUAAAGAUUUGAAGCAGAGGGAAACAGCUCGCAUAGCUCUGUCCUAUCUACCUAGCAGCAUCUCUAAAGCUCACUUAUUGAAAUAAAUCGCGUUUAUUUAAUCCGAAACCAAACCAAAAUGUAAACUUCAAGUUGUGGUUUUAUAGGGAGUUACGUGCUGGAGCGCCUCACAGCCAUGUUGUUUGUGUUGUUUUCCUUUUGCAUAUCUUCAUAUGAGAGAGAGAGAGAGAGAGAGAGAGAGAGAGAGAGAGAGAGAGAGAGAGAGAGAGAGAGAGAGAGAGAGAGUAGGAACAUGGAAAUUAUGUUUUAACGUGGAUUUAUUUGCUGUCCUCAGUCGUUGGUUCUCAGCUGAACUAAUAACUUACUGAAAAUAAUUCACUUGAAUUUUGCUUUAAUUUCACAUAACACACAAAGGAAUUCUAUUCAAUUCAUCAAAUCUAAUAGACAAGUCAUAUAAUGAUUGGACACUUGUUUGUAGAUACUCACUGUCUCAGUUUGACACUUUGUAGAUCUGAAUGAAGUGAGUUGUGCUUUGUCUGUGCUCUGUGCUGUAUAUUUCUGCUAACUUGAUGCUCUCGUGGUGUAGUUUAACUGUCACUCUCGUAAGUGUGUAUUUCAAGUCCGCUGUACAAGAGUUAGUCAGUCACUGCAAAUUUUUCAACUUUGUUUAAUAGAUUAUUCUGCAAAGCAUUUCUAGACAUGGAGUUCAUGUUAGACAAUACUCAAAAUGUCAUUUUAAAAGAUAUGGGGGUUGUAAUCGCAUUUAGGAUCAGGGUGUUUCCUUUGUGUGUUUUUCGAGACAUUGGUGGAACUUUCUUCUGUUUGCUGAUCUUGUGCAGACGUUUAACUUCAUGUGUAAUAAGAGCAAAUAAGCAGCCUGCAACUGUAAAAUCAAAAUGUGUCUGUUUGUCAAAGACUCACCCUGAUACAACCAGCAAAAAUAGCCUGACACCAACUGAAUUGCUUAGUUCUUCUGUGAGAAAAUAAGCAGCAUGAAUCUUUUCUUCUUUAUUUUUUACUAUUUGGUUGACAUAUUUUGCACUAUUGUUCACUUUAUGAAUUUUAAGCAAUUACUUGAAGUUUGAGAUUGUAUGUGUAUCCAAAGUGUUGUAUGUCCACUGAGUUCUAACUGAUUGUUCUGUUGGUCUGCAGUUUUAGUUUAACAUAUGAUAAUGUUUAAGGCAAAAAUAACACAGGUGAAGUGUAGCUAAGAUAAUGCAGACAUUUCAUGUCGUUAAAUAAUAAUAUUACAAUACAUGCCAUUAUUUCUGUGAAUACUAGAAAGCAGUUGCGAUUUGAUCUCAGCUUUCGACCACAAUAUGUGUCUACAGGCCGUACGAAAUAAUGCUGUUGUAAAAACACACUGGUAAAGAACGAGCAGUGUUUAUCUGACCUGGUCAAAUGAUGUAAUUAACAGACGUCAGUGACAAUCAUGACAACCCUUGUCUGUGUUUGGUUUUCACUUCAUUGAUUGGAAGGAUUCACAAAAGCAGCGGCCAUCAUCAAUGCAUUGAGAUCCAUGAAAAGAUCGGAGGAAUGCCUCAGAGACACAAAGGACUGCCUCGUCUGCACUUUGCCACAUUUGCUUGUCCAUAACCUCAAGAUCACUCUCAUUAUUAUGAGUUUUUUUUUUGUUCCUAUCUCCUGACUGUAUGAGCCUCUUGGCUAAAGUGGAUAAGGAGUCUACAACUAUUUCAUGUUUUGCAAAAAGCCAUAUAAUCCUGUGAGAGAACAGUUAGCACUUUGAGUUUUGUUUACGCAAAUGAAAAGUGCGCUUAUAAAUAAAAUGUAUUAUUAUUAUUAUAGUUGAGAGAAUGUGGGAGGCGGCCUCCUCCUCUCCAUAUUGAUGUUUUGUGAAACAAAAUCUCUAAUGAUGAAAGUCAUGUGAAUGAUAACUAUUGUAUAUCAGCAUUGAUAAUUUGGUAAUUUUGCUGUAUCAAAAGGUUCAGUUUCAGGAAUUCAGGCUUGUCGUUGGGUGCAGAAAUCAUCUCAACCCCCUUAAAUUACCUCUAUGCACAACGGUCUACACUUUAGCUGCUUAUGUGGUAAUAUGUGUGUCUGAUGAGUUUUUUAAACUGUAGUGCAUUGUUAUUAUUGUAUUACGGAGCCCUCAAAGAGGAUUUUAAUUUAAUUUAUUUUAAAAUCUUGUGUGCUGUGGAUCUUGUGCACACGACACAUUUACCUGAGGUGUUAAAGCGUAAAAAUACAGCAUGUUACCAUGACCAAACUCUACGUGUUAAAACACAUUUUAAUGUCGUCUAAACGCAAAAUCUCUAAGACGUUAUUUGCUCAACGGACCUUCCUUUUCAGUUUACCCAGAGCCUGAGUGGUCGUGUCAAACUUGCUUCGUAGAACACCCCUCUGGUCCACACGAGUUAUGAACCUUAUGUAUCGCAUACAUACAAAAUACACAAGUUAUUAUUCAAUACUUUGUGCACACAAGUAACUGUCUCGUCAAAUUAGGUCUUUUCUCGUUCCCACAAGACAUAUACCUGGUGCACACAGGUUAUUGUCUUGUCUGCAGAAGAUAUUAUGUUUUGUUAUUAAGAUAAUACCUUUUGCACCCAAGUGAUAAAUUGUGCAUGCAAGAAAACAAUGAAAAUAUUAAUAUAUGUACUUUUGUUGUGCACACAAGAUUUAAAAUAUAUAUAUAUUUUCCAGGGCCUCUGUAUUCAACAGUGUUUUGUCAUUUGCUUUAAUACUUUUAACGUAUGCUGGUGUUUUCUGUAUUACACCUUUAUGUCUGCAUGUACUUGUCCUAAUAGGAUCUGGUGAACAUAAUUACAUAAUUACAUCCUUGGAGCCUGUGUGUCCCCUACAUUUACCUAUUCCAUGGGUAACAAACAUUACAGCCUGCAGUGUCCUUGUUCGGGAUUCUAACCCUCGUUAUAAAUGCUUCAGUUACAGAAGAGGCGUGAGAUUCUUCAGGGUCUGAUUGAUUUAUUAAUUAAAGGUUUAAUCUGACUUUCCUCUGAUCAAUCUUUACCAUGCAGCACUUUAUCAUUAACCCAUUCUAAGAUUAUUGCAAUGCCAAGGAGGCUAUUAACCCAAGUGUUCGACGCCGUCUCUGCAAGAAUGCUGUUGUUCCUGUUUUCUAUUUCUGUCCCAUAAUACACCUGAACUGCCUCCUGUAGUGUUGGUUGUGCCAGUGUACAGUAUGAGUGGAGCGGGGUGACUGAGUGAUUAUAUACUACGUAUAUCCUUAAACACAUAAGAUGCUGAAUAUUUCUUGGGGGAGACAGGAGGUGGGGUGUGUUUGGCUUUUGUUUGGUCAAUAUUUGAAGGUGUAUUGUCAUUUUAUGCUUCAUUCCUUGUCUGAUUGUCUGAGUAUGUGUUCCAUAGCCUAUGUAAUGAUAUUUAAUGUAUGCAGAGGUUAUACCAAGUCCUUUAACAUACUACCAUUGAAGGCAUUCAAUGCCUUGUAUAGGAAUUUAGCUGACAUCAUUGAUAUUUACAGAUAACGUAAUGUAAAUUAACUAUUUUAAUGGCAAUAGUAGUGUGUACAGCUAAAUACAUCAAUGGGCGACUCAUCCAUUCACACUCCCACCACACUGUAUACAGAAAGAACUAAAGCCCGAAUAUUAAACAGCAUGGAGGAAACUUUUCUGUUGUCUUCAUCUGUGUGUUUGUCUCAAUCUCGUUUCUCUGAAUGUUUUUCUUCAUUAUUAUUGUGAGCUGGAAUUAUCUGCUGAACUUUCCCCAACCUCACUGAUUCUAAAGAAGUUAGUGUGAAAAUAAAUGCAGGACAAACACCA